AUGGUAAUCGUCGAUUUUCCUUGGGCGCCUUCGACCUCGGCGGCUGAGCUGACGGAGCAGCAGCUCGGUCAGCUUUGCGAGCUGAUUAAUGCGACGGUACCGACGCCCGCCAACACGCUCCUCACCAAUUCGAUUGGUGCCUUCGCCGUUAUGCCUGCUCAUCCCCGCCCGGCCAUGCUAACUGCUAUCAUCGUUGGCUUCCUGUUCGUGUCGCUGAUCAAUCUGUGCGCAAUCGCGGGAAUCGGAGUGAUGCGCUAUCUCUCGAAGAACGUAUACAACCAGGUUAUUACAUUUUUCGUCGGGCUCGGCGUCGGCUCACUUUCCGGAUCGAGUUUCUACCAUUUGCUGCCCAACGCACACCCUGCGCUAAUCGAAGCCGUUGAUGAACACGGGCAUCCGACGCACGCCUACUUGAACAUGGCACAUUUCUCGCUGUGCGGUGUCUACAUGUUUUUUAUGUGCGACAAGCUGAUCAAGAUUGUGCUCGAGUACAGAAAGCGCUCCCGUGGAACGGAAUGCCGCAACACCGAUGAAGGAAAAGCCAACGGCUGGCUGGUGGAGAGGAGGAUUAGCGGCGAACUCAGUGAUCGCAGCGAUAAACAUCUGCUGAACGGUCUGGCCCAUAAGGAUUGUGAGGACGUGCCGAUGCAGGUGGUCUCCAACGGAGCCUUUUCCGGAAGUAUGAUGACGGAACAGGCUCACGGUGUCUGCGUUCAUGAUCAUUCGAUCGAAUGGGAGGUGGGACAGACGUCCGGAAAGGCCAUCGCCGCCGUGGCGUGGAUGAUCAUCUUUGGGGACGGCUUCCACAACCUCAUCGAUGGUGUCUCAAUUGGAGCCGCCUUUUCCGAGUCGCUCCAUUCUGGAAUCUCCGUCGUCUUAGCCGUCCUUUGCGAGGAGUUCCCGCAUGAACUUGGCGACGUGGCCAUUUUGGUUGCCUCGGGCAUGACCCUCCGCCAGGCCCUCAUCUAUAACCUACUCUCCGCGAUGACGUGCUACAUCGGCUUUGGCUUUGGCAUUGCUGUCGGUGAAAUCGGCCCCGAUUCGGCGAAGUAUGCGUUUGCACUUGCCGGCGGAAUGUUCUUGUACAUCUCCCUCGGCUGCAUGAUGCCCGAGAUGAAGAAGGCCAUGGAAGAGGCGCUGGAAGUUUCUCUGGCUCACGGAAUCAAGGUGCUGGUCCUUCAAACCGUCGGCAUGUUCUGUGGGCUGACUCUCAUGUACAUCAUGUCGCGCUACGGCGAAGAGAUCUCGAUC